AUGUCAGAACCUCAGAACCCUGUGUUUUUAUCAGAUAUUGGAGCUACUAAUUUACAGCCCCUUUUCAUCUCCUGUUCAGGAUUUCAAGCCAUAUUCUUCGUAGGGACGUUGAUUAUGGGAUUGUAUUUACGUAAGAAGCAUAAAAUUCAACCAUACAUAUCACAUCAUCAACCAAGAUUAGCUAUAGCUAGUAUAAUUUGUGCAAUAAUUGGUCAAUUAGCAAUCCUUUUUGUUUCAAUAUUUAAUACAAAAAAUUUUAAUACAGUACAUUUAUCAAUGGUUGGUAUAUUUAUAGCGUUUAUUUUUUUGGCAUGUUGUUGUGAUUUUGGUGUGAGUUAUAUAUUUGGUUCUAGAGGAGCAAAAUUAGAUCCAAUUCAUCACGGAACAGUUUUUGGUAAAUCAAGGUUUGCUAAUUUAUAUUUUGUUAGUUUUGUCGCUAAAAUUAUAUGGUUAAUAGUUGCUAUUGUUUUAGCUGCAUGUUUUGGUUACUAUAUGAAACAUGGAAAUGAUUCUUUAUCCGCUAGAUUUGAAUGGUCAAUUUGUUUCUGGUAUGGAUUUUUAUUAAUUCUUUGGUCAAUGGAUCUAUUCCCAAGUGCAGUUAGAAAAUAUAGAAGUAAACAUCCAGAAUUAUAUCAGACUAAUCAAUAUGAUUAUGAAAAUCAAUCCAAAUGGGAAAAAGAUAUUAAUAAUGGUAGAUCAUCAUCAGAAAUUGGUGAUCAAUAUACAUAUGUUAAUUCACCAAUUAUGCAUAAUCAACAAAUUGCUCAACAACAUUUUGCUAAUGAACAACAACCACAACCAGUAGUACCUGCUCAAUCACAUCAACCUGCUUUCCAACAAGAGCCAGUUGCUCGUUAUCAAUAG